AUGGUUUCACGUUUGAAGUCUCACGAACACCGCUUAGAGAUGGUUGUCGUAGAGGACAGCCAUUCUGCACACGGAGACGGGUCUCGUCAGCUUUGGGACGUGGAGAGCAUGUUCGGGGCGAUCAAGUCCACGCGACCUGCAUGGCUCAGCAUGCAGGUGCCUUACUUCGCCAUGGCACGGCACGGUGUGCCCCUGGGCCAUGGCUUCACUGCUGCGGGCUUCCUCCACGAGAAGGAGGUGCCUCAGUGGGGCGUCUAUGACGGCUGCGGUUCGCCCUGUCAGGACGACGAAGAGAGGUGGUGCGGCUGCGCCAACGAGGCUUCCCGAGGCUUCAGCAACCACGCGUGUGCAGAUGGCGAGAAGCGCUUUGCGGUCUACAAGAUUGGUGCAGCCACCACAUCCGAGGAGUCCCAGGUGGCGCCUGUGGCUAACAACGCCACCGAGGCCCUGCCAGGAGACAUCCAGGAAGCCGCCGAGGCAACCACGUCAGUGGCGAGUGCGUCUGCCGCACCGGCUGCUGCAGGUCAGCCCUAUUGGAAGCUGACGGGCGAAAAUGAAGGCGACCAGUCCAUCGAGGUGGUCGUGCCCAAGGGCACGGUGGCCUCAGCCAGUGGCUCGGAGGUCCUCCUCUUCAACGCCACAGGUACUGAACCGCCUGCUGAGCAGUCUUCCGAGACCGAGCAGGAGAAGACUCCGAUUGGGAAGGUGAAGCUCCCCGUCGAGGUGUCCAAAGAGUCCUGCAAGCUCGGCGGCGCUGCCAAGGAUGGCGGACAGGUGCUCCGGUGCAAGCUGGAGCAAGAGGACGUGCGCGAGGUGCCCAUCAAGGUGAUCGAUGAACUCUGA